AUGGAUAGUAUUAGAGAACGACUUUUACAAUUAGAUUAAUAAGCACAAUAAUUCUAACAAUAAAAUAAAUAUUUAGAGGCAUUGAAUGUUUUUGAGGAAAUGCUUAUGAUAAAAAAGUCAGCAUAUGGUGAGGAUUCUGAAGAAUAUUUCAAAACUAGUGAUAAAUUGUGUGAAUUAUGUAACUUAAUAGCUAUGAUUUUCUUAUAAAAAGAAAAAUUUGAUGCAUCAUUAGAAUUCUUGAAGAAAGCAGACAUGUUAGCACAAUCCAGUACUAGAUAUAAGUAUUAAUGUCUUUAUAUUUAUUCUUUUUUUAUUAGAGCCAUUACUUAUAAUAAUUUAGCUUGUUUCUACAGGAGAAAUGGGAAAUUAAGAAGUGCUCUAUAAUAUUUACAAUAAGCAUUAGAAAUAGAAAUUCGAUAAGAAGCAGCACCUUCUUUGGCUGAUACCCAUUUAAAUAUGUGUGCUGUGUUAUCUUAAUUAAAUAGAGUAAGGAAUGUUAUAUAAUAGCACGCUGAAGCAUUGGAACAUGCAUUAAUAUCAGUAGUAUUAUUAUAAGAUGAAUUUUUAAUGAAACCACCAGAUUAGAAAAUGGAAUAAAGUUAGAAUUAAGAUUAAAAAUCAGGAGAACAAAAGAUGAAAGAUAGAGUGGCUGUCUUAGCUAUUGCUUAUCAUAACUUAGGAGUAGAAUUUGAAUAUUUAAAGAGAUUUGAUGAAGCAAUUUAAACAUAUUAAAAAGCUGUUAGAUUUGGUGAACUUCAUCUACCACCAGAUCAUUAAUUAGUAAUAAUAUAGAAUUAGACAAUUUUUAGAUAGGAAAUUUAAAGAAUGUUUUAGGAAAUGCAUAAGAAUAAAUUAAUUAAUAAAGAGCAAAGGAUAAUAAUAAGAGAUAAUAGAAAGAAUUACAAAGUAGAAAUCAAAAUAAAAGAAAAUUAGUAGAAGUUGAAACUACAUAUAAAUAGAAUAAUAAAAAGAAAACAGAUAAAAUUGUUUAACAUUAAUAACAAUAAUAAGUUAUGGGAUAAACAAUGCGUUCCAAUCCAUAAAAUAAUAGUGUUAAUAUUAGAGAAGAUGAUUAAGAAUAAUAAGGUAAUGUUUAAUAAGAAUCCAGUUAUAAUGAUCAUGAUGAAUUACAAUAAGAAGCUUAAACUUAAUUAUAAUAGCAUCAAUAAUAAUGA